CUAUUAAGUUCAAUGCAGCAACUACUUCAUAUUCAGACUCAACCUAUGCUGAACUUGAAGCAAUUAUCUCAUUGUUGCUAGCUACUCCAUUUAACCUUUAUAUAAACAUUCAUUUAGAUAGCAAUACAGCUAUCCAAAACUUAAAACAAACUUAUUCUACUAAACUGUUAUAUAACAAAAAUUAG